AUGCGCGGAAGCAGCUCCGAACUCCUGCUGGAGGCGAGCUGCAGCCAGUGCCAGAGCGAUUACGAUCGGGGACAUCAAGGUCGGGACAGCGGCGGCGAGCACGACUUCCACGAGCGGGAGCUACGUCGUCGCAAGCUGUUGGAGCUCGGGUUCGGCGCGUCGCGGCGCCGACCGCCACGGCGUACCUGCCGUCAGCGGUUUAAUUUCUACGCGACAUCGGCGCUGGCCUUCGUCGCCACCUCAGGCGGCGCGGCACUCCUCUUCCUGGUGCCGCUCUACGUCGACCCAGCCAUCAGUACCCUAGCGGCAGACUUCUCGCCGGAGCCGGUGAUCUGCACAACUUCGCGGCGCGAGGACCUUGCUGGUCUUUUCAAUUGCACAUGGAGCUCGUGCCGCGAGGGAUGCACCAGUGAUGUGUACAGUUGCACCCACAUAUACGUCACGUACACGCCGUGGAGUAACGCCAGUAUGAAGAACGACACCGGCGGCAGGAACAUCACCGCGAACAUCACAGCUGAUCUGAGCACCGUCACUGCCGUGUCCUCUCCGGGGGACGUCGAGGCGGUGCUGCUGGUGAACAUCAAGGGUUGCGGAUAUCCGCCGGUAGUCGAUUGCAAGAACUUCACCCGCGAGUUGGGUUACGAAGGCGCGAAGUUUCCUUGCCAUUAUAGCCGGGUGAACGGUAGCAUAGUGAUGGCGAACUAUAAUCGCGAGGCACAGGUCGCUACCAUCAUGCACUUCUUCGCGGCGCCUUUCGUAGUGACUCUCGCGACUAGCGUCGCGCUGUGUGUGAUGCACUGUGACUGCAGGUGCACGCCACCACCGCGACAUCCGCCGCGCGGCAUGAGAAGAUCCAGGGGCAACGAUCUCAGCGACCACUCAAUCAGCAACCGCGUGGACCGUCGUGGACACCCGACGCAUUGCGAGUGUGGCGAAGUGACGAAGCCCUUAUGA